UUGUGUUCCUUUCAUAGUUAUAAGUUAUAACCUCCUCUUCUCGGAUUCUCUCCUCAGCCUCUCCAGCUUUGUGGGCGCAGUGCAAUUGGACAGCGAAGAUGGUGGAGAAGACGAAGGUGAGGAAGGAGGAGGUGGUCACCAGGGAGUACACCAUCAAUCUCCACAAGCGUCUUCAUGGCUGCACAUUCAAGAAGAAAGCGCCAAAGGCCAUAAAGGAGAUCAGGAAGUUUGCCGAGAAGGCGAUGGGAACCAAGGAUGUCCGGGUAGACGUGAAGCUGAACAAGCACAUAUGGAGCAGGGGUAUCCGAAGCGUCCCCAGGAGGAUCAGGGUUCGGAUCGCUCGCAAGAGGAACGAGGAUGAAGAUGCCAAGGAGGAGCUCUACUCUCUCGUCACCGUCACCGAGAUCCCACCGGAAGGUCUCAAGGGUCUUGGCACCAAGAUCAUUGAAGACGAUGACUGAUUGUUAUCUUUUUUAUUAGGUAUUUUGUUUUUAAGUUACAUAGGGAGUAUUAUUAAGGGUUGCAUGGUAGUUUUGCCUGAUUUGUUUUGUUCGUGUUAUGAAAGAUGGGCCAGUUCUUUCAGAUACUCCCUGGGUCCUGAUGUCGUUAUGAAUCGAGUUUGUUGCCGCUUCCUACAUUCUGAACACUCAGAUCGUCAGCACAAGAAACUUUUGAUAUUCUCACACGCUAAACAUUGGACGA